AUGCAUUUUGAUGAAGCAUACCCGAACAAGCCGCCCAGUGUCAAGUUCAUUAGUCAGAUGUUCCAUCCCAAUGUCUACGGUACAGGAGAACUUUGCCUGGACAUUCUGCAGAACCGGUGGUCACCUACCUACGACGUGGCUGCCAUCUUGACAAGUAUCCAAAGGUAUGCUGGUGCCCGGAGCGUUGAAGAGGCUUAUGUCUCCUUGGACAGAUUGUGCUGA